GAUGAAGUAUGUGGAAGAAACUUUGGAGUUGCAAAAUGAAGAAGUUCUACUGAUGUGUAUUGGAAUCUCCUCAGGGGUUGGGCGAUUGGUUUUUGGCAGGGUUGCAGACUACUUAGCUGGCUCAAAUAAAGUUUUCCUUCAGGUGGGAUCGUUCUUUGUUAUCGGGCUGAUGUCCAUGAUGAUUCCACUCUGUCAAAGCUUUGGUGGUCUCAUUGCAGUCUGCCUUUUUAUGGGUUUAUUUGACGGAUGUUUCAUCUCAAUUAUGGCCCCUGUUGCCUUUGAGCUUGUGGGUUCAGAGAAUGUAUCCCAGGCGAUUGGAUUCCUUCUCGGGUUGAUGUCCAUUCCAAUGACAGCUGGCCCACCAAUUGCAGGUUUUCUGCGUGACUCUCUGGGAACAUACAAUCUUGCCUUCUACCUUGCUGGUGUGCCGCCAAUGGUUGGAGGAGCAGUCCUCUGCAUCAUCCCGUGGAUCCAGUACAAGAAACACAAAAACCAAAAAAAGCAAAAGGCAUUGGAGGGAGAAACGGCAACAAAGAUACUGGAUCAGGAUUCGAAGAACAUUCUAGUGCCUGGCAGUGGUGAGCCACAGAAAGAACGUGUAUCCAGUAUUUAAUACAAAUUCCACUGAACAGACUGAUGGCAAUUCAGGUCUUACAAAUGAAUUUUUUUUAAAUCAGUGAAUGUUUUGUUUUGUUGUCGCAAUGAACUACAGCAGUUGUGAAGAAUUCCCAAAGGGGAGAAACAGAGAAAAUUAAACCAUAGAAGUGAAUUUGGAGUCUACCAGAGAAGAUUCUUUUUCUCCUUGUGCUGCAUUUCAUGUAUGUUAAAGCAUUUGUUAUACUAGUUUAUUUUAGAUCAUCUUUCUGAAGUUGGAAUAAUCCAAGUUUAAUUUCCUGUAACGCCACAGCUGAUCCAGCUAGGCAUUUAGCUUCUUUCAGAAAUACCAAGGAAAGACCAAAAAAUAGUAGCAACACAAAUAAUUUUCACUUGACCAUUGGAAUAUUUCAAGUUACCCCUCUCCACUGCAUGUACACAAUCUCCUUACAAAGAGCUAAUCUUACCUGGAGGCGUUUUCUAAGCUUUCCAAAUGAACAUAAAUUGCCCUAAUGUCACACUUUUUUUAUAAAGAUCUCCAAAUUUAGAAUGCUAAUUCUGACUGUACACGUUAGAAAUAUACAGAGCCUCAAAUUGUUUCCCUCUGAUGCUCUAGGAUGACCAAAAAUUCUUGAUUUUGCUCUGUUAUCUACGACAAAUCUAUGAUCCUCAAAAGAUUAGAUGCUAAACCUACCCUGCCCCAGCCACAAAUAAAACAAAGUGCUGGAGAAACUCAGCAGGUCCGCCUAUUCCAAAGAAAAGUCACAUUGUUAACUCCGCUUUUGUCUCCACAGAUGUGCCCAGACUUGCUGAGCUUCUCCAGCAUUCUGCGUUUGUUUCAGAUUUCCAGUGUCUUCUGUAUUUUACUUGUAUUGGACUGUCUUGGCCACGAUGGUUUGUGUAUCUAUUACAGGCGAUGCAUCCGUGUCACCUAAAGAGGGAGAUGUUCGAAAGCUCUAUGAAAGAGGCAGGUUACAAAAGAGGAAAGCAAAGUGGGGAGGUUCAGUGAGAGAAUUCCAGAGCUGAAAAUGCAGCUACAAAUCAUGGAACAAGCAAAACUGAUUACACUUGAGAAGCCAGAACUGUAGGGUGCAGAUAUCUUAUGGAAUAUUUUGUGUUUUACAGGAUAGAAACCAUCAAGGUACACAGGCCUGCAUUAGGCAAAUAUUGCAUGUUCUAUAGCUUGAUGUUUCAGAUAAUAUAAAAUUUACUUGCUGUCUAUCCAGUUCACUGCCAGUUAUCUUGAUUAGAUGGUAUUUUUAUUUUGGCUUGUGUGCAGCUUUGUAUUGUAGUGUGGAAAUAAGCCUUCUCUGUAUAGUGGGCAAUGAGAACACGGGAAGUUUAUUCGAGAAUGCGAGGUUUGGUGGUGACAGUUCUGUUCCGAGAAACCAGCAUCAUGCUGGGCACUAUCGUGUUUCUGACUGGGACACUGGAGCCCCAAAUGGAGCAGAACCUGCAGAUCAUCCACCACUGCUUUGCAGCACCUAGAGCUGUAUCUAAUGAACGUGUUCUGUAAUGAGACUACAGAAGCAAUCUGUCUAAUUAAAAUGAGGUUUUGCAAACAGCGGGCAGAAUCUUAUUGAUGCCUGAGCAACACGACCCAUGGUGAGAUUUAUGAUAGAAUCCCGUGGAAAAUCUAUCGAGGCCCGUCUUAAUGUCAUUAUCUACUCACGGCAUUAUUUAUGCUUUUGUCAAAUUUCUAGCUAGGUGGUGGUGAGGUGCCAAUUAAGGGGGAUUAUUACUUGUUAAACACACAUUUAUGGUCCAAUCUGCCUCAUUUAAUGUGGUUGGCUCUUAACUGCCCUCUGGGCAAUUAGGGAUGGCCAAUAAAUGCUGGCCUAGCCAGAGACGGCCACAUCUCGUGAGUGAAUAAAAAUGUUAAUAUUCUGCUCCCUGUCUUACCAAAUACGCCAGCCAUGCUAGACACAGAAUUCUCGACAUGGAGUUAAGAGCGAGGACUUAAUGGACUUCAGCUGUUGCUAAGCAUUGAACAGCAUCUCGGUCACAUUCCAUGGGUACCAGUCGCACAUUCCCCUCAUCCACAAAAAGUCUGCAUCCAACAUUUGCCACCAGUUUACAACCACCAUGGCACCUCUGAUACAGUUGCAGGAUUAUUAUGAAGCACAUACCUGCAUUGUGGAGGGCCCUGGUAUCUUGCACUGAAAGGCUCCUGCAAGGACGCUUUGUGCACAGAGUCAAACACCCAGCUGACAGAUUGGACCAGCCUGCAUCUCGGGGCUUCUCACCUUCCCUCCUGGCGCUCGCUUACUUUGCCCCUAACUACAUGCUGACCCCUUCCAUGCCUUGCCUUGCUGUGUCAAAGAGUGCAGUCACAGUAGCAGGCAGCUUGCCUUACUGGUCAGUAACCCUCCCUCAAGGAGGUCUACAUAUUGCCGUACGACACUGUGCCGCGUCACACUCUCACCUUCGCCAUGUGUCAGUGAAAGACAGCCCCUGAGACCAGUCCUGGGGAUUAGCCACAGACAAGGUGUCUGGUCGGGGGCGGGGGGUCCCUGCCUCCA